CGGUAACUUGAGUCAUCAUCAGGAGGAAGUUCUUCGAAGAACGAAGCGCCCGAAGUGAAUUGACCCCCUCAAAGAAGACUUUAUCCCGGGAUAAAACUGACGAUGGCCGACAAUACACCGAAAGAGACAGCAGCCAAAGAUUCUUCUGGGCCAGAGAAAGAGACCCAAGAGACAGCAGCUCCAGAGGUUGCAGAAGCUCCAGCUCAGGACACGGCAUUUCUGCCUGAAAUCCGCCUGGUGGUGUUAGGAUGGAGGUGGCCGGGGAAGAGCCUGACAGCCAACACCAUCCUAGGCAGAGAGGAGUUCCACCUGGAGCGAGCGGCUGAGUUCUGCGUCACCAGGGACACAGAGGUAGAUGGCCGCCAGGUAGUAGUGGUGGAUACUCCCGGCUGGUUCUCUGCGCAGGAUACCCCACCCUCCUAUAAGCAGGAGCUGGUCAGGGGCGCCUCUCUUUGCCCUCCGGGUCCUCACGCUUUCCUGCUGAUCAUCCCCGUGGGCAUGUUCACGGAGGUCGAUCGCGCACGCAUCGAGGAGAAUGUGAGCCUCUUUGGGGAGCACGUGUGGAAUCACACGAUCGUGGUGUUCACUUGGGCGGAGGUGUUGAAGAAGAUCACCCUGGAGAGAUACAUUCACAGGGAGGGCAAAGAUCUGCAGUGGGUGUUGAGGAAGUGUAAGAAGAGGUUCAUACUUAUUAACAACAGCAUCUUCGGGGAGAAUCCCCAGGUGGGAAAGCUAAUGAAGAAGGUUGAGAAGAUGGUGGUAGAGGAAGGGGGCCACUACAGUUUAGAGGUGAAAGAGAAACCUUUGGAUGUGAACCAGAAUCCAGCCAGGCCGGCGCAGGAGCUGGGAGCCCGACCCAAACAGAACUCUGGACUGAACCUCUCGAAGACCUCGGAGGCAGAGCAGACCUGCAAUUAACGAGACCCUGCAUGUUGAUGGAAUCGACUUCUGACCGAGACACAUAGAAAAAGGCAUAACUGUAAAACAAAAUGUUACUGAAUGUAGAGAAACGUAUGAAUAUAUCAUAUUUAAAGUAAUACUGAGGCAUGUUCUUGAGGCCUUUUUAGCAAACGCGUUGUCCAAAGAUGAUUAUUUUUUUAUCCUGGUAUUUUGUUUGGAUUAAUUAUAGUGUAUGUUUUCAGUAGAGGGAGGUGGGUGUUUUACUAUUAAACAAAGAAGCACAGGCUGUUACACACAGAAAGUGGCCGUCGUUAUCUUCAAACUGAGCACUCCUUAAAAUGGCCGACACUGACAACAGGAUUGCACUACUAAACUGUCACUAUUAUUUACUGUUGAUGAGCAGAUCAAUUUUUUUCAGAAAAUUCCUUUCUUUUGUGACCAAAAUGUGAAUAGUUUAGUUUUGCUGCAAUGUUUCCUCCACUUGUCUGUGUGCAACUGUAAAGCACUAAAGCAUUUAUUGACUUUUCCCUGCAAAGUGCUGCCCUAAAGCACUUCUUGUUUACUUUAAACAGAUGUUUAUAGUAAAUUAUGAGAGAGGCGGUAGUCUUUUUGGGGAAAGUGUGACCUACUUGUACGUUUAGUUUUUUUUACCUUCUGAAAUCCCAGUUGUCACGUUAUUAUGUUAACAUUUCCUGUUACUUUGUGCAUGUUCUUUUUCUAUUGUAAAUGAAUUAUCUUUUACUUUCUGACAAAAUAAAUGAUUGCAAGGCA